AGCGGGACUUCCGGCCUCGUCCCCGCCCGCGGGGUUGUAGCCGGAGGUGAGGUCGGUUUGUCUCCUCAGGUCCGGAGCGCGGGUUAGCAUCGUGCUAACUGACCGUGAAGACCCGAGGAGCGGCGCUCUCCUCGCCGCACACAGUUGAGCCCCGGUGUCCGCUACCCUCCGGCCCGCUGCCGGCGCAGCGAGUCCGAUGGCGGCGGCCGCGCCCAGGGACUCGGCUAAGUGUGGUGUGACCUUUGAGGAUGUGGCCGUGUACUUCUCCUGGAAGGAGUGGAGGCUUCUUGAUGAGGCUCAGAGACGGCUGUACCACCAUGUGAUGCUGGAGAACUUUGCACUUGUAUCGUCACUGGGUUGCUGCUGUGGAGCAGAGGAUGAGGAGGCCCCCUUUGCACAGAGCGCUUCUGUAGGCGUUUCACAGACCUGGACGCCCAGGGCUGCUCUGUCUUCCCGGAAGACCCACCCCUGUGAGAUGUGCGGUCCCGUCUUGAGAGACAUUUUCCACUUGGCUGAGCUCCAGGGGAAAGAAAACAGCCAGAAAUGGUUGAGGUGUGGGGCCUGCGGGAAACAAUUUUCUUUCAGUGUGAAGAUGGAGCAGCAGCAGCAGCAGGAGCAGCCCGCGGGAGCAAAACCAUUCAGAAGCCGUGUGGACAGGGCCUCUGCUGUCAAGAGCUGGGGAUCCGGUGGUUCGGGAAAGCCCUUUACCUGUGGAGAGGUUGAGAAGGACUUGCUGUCUGGCUCGGGGCAUCUGGGGCAAGAGGCCACUCGUACUGGGGAGAAGUCACACACGAUGCCCCACUGCAGGGCAAUGUUACGACACGGAAACAGUCAUGGCACUUGGGGCCAAUGUAAGAAUGCUUUUGGUCCCAUACACACAGAUACUCGGGAGCAGGGUGUCCACCUUGGUAGACAGUCCUUUGUGUGCAGUGAAUGUGGGAAAACUUUCAGGUACAAAUCCUUAUUUGCCAUACACCAGAGAUACCAUACUGGAGCACGACGUCAUGAGUUUGGUCCAUGUGGAAAAUCCCUUGGGCAACGACCAACCCUGAAUGAACAUGGGAAGACUCAGGGUGGAUCCAGGCAGUACACGUGCAGCAAAUGUGGGAAAUCCUUAGGUGGCAAAUGUGUCCCCCUUAAUGUCCAGAAAUUGCCCAGUGGAGGGAAAAAUUAUGUUUGUAGCGGGUGUGUGAAAUCUGUCAGCGGUAGCUCAGUGUUGAAUACUCAUAGGGUUCAGUCUGGAGAUAGGUUUUAUAAGUGUCGCGUAUGUGCAAAAUCUUUUCCGUCUAUGUCUGCCCUCUGUUAUCAUCAGAGAACUCAUGCAGUGAAAAAACAGUAUGAAUGCAGUGAUUGUGGGAAAUCUGUUACUAGUAGGUCUGCCCUCCGUUCUCACCAGAGAGUUCACACUGAAAGGAAGCCUUAUAAAUCCAAUGAAUGUGGGAAAUCUUUUGCUGGUAGUUCUGCCCUACAUUAUCACCAGAAAAAUCACAGUGGAGUUAGGCCUUAUGAGUGCAGUGAUUGUGGGAAAUCUUUUGCUGGUAGUCUUGUCUUACGUUACCACAAGAGAGUUCACAAUGGGGAAAGGCCUUAUGAGUGCAGUGAAUGUGGCAAAUCAUUUAUGCGAAAAACUAGCCUCAGUGUACACAUAAAGGUUCACUCAGGUGCAAGGCCUUAUGAGUGUAAUGAAUGUGGGAAGUCUUUUACUGCUAGGUAUUCCCUCCAUUUUCACCAGCGUGUUCACACUGGGAAAAAGCCUUAUCAGUGCCUUGAGUGUGGGAGAUCUUGUACUAGCAGUUCAGCCCUCCGUAGUCACCAGAGAGUUCACACAGGAGAAAGGCCUUAUGAGUGCCGUGAAUGUGGGAAGUCUUUUACUGGUAAUUCGGCCUUCCGUUAUCACCAGAGACUUCACAGUGGAGAACGGCCUUAUGAGUGCUGUGAAUGUGGGAAAUCUUACACUACCAGUGCUGCCCUCCGUUAUCACCAGAGUGUUCACACUGGAGAAAAGCCUUAUGAGUGCCAUGAAUGUGGGAAAUCUUUCACCAGUAGUUCCUCCCUUCGUUAUCACCAGAGAUUUCACACUGGAAAAAAGCCUUAUAAUUGCAGUGAAUGUGGGAAAUCUUUUGUCACUAGUAAACAGCACCGUACUCACCAGAUAGUUCAUAGUAGAGAGAGACCUUAUGAAUGCCCUGAAUGUAGCAAAUCCUUUCCCCGGAAAGAUACCCUCAAUGUACACAAAAAGCUUCACUCAGGUGAACGGCCUUAUGAGUGUAGUGAAUGUGGGAAAUCAUUUACUGCUAGUUCUGCCCUGCGUUACCACCAGAGGCUUCACACUGGGGAAAGGCCUUAUGAGUGUAAUGAAUGUGGGAAAUUAUUUACCGUUAGUUCUGCCCUCCGUUCGCACCAAAGACUUCACACAGGGGAAAGACCCUAUCAGUGCAAUGAAUGUGGGAAAUCCUGUACUACUAGUUCUGCCCUCCGGCGACACAAGAGAGUUCACACAGGAGAACGGCCUUACAAGUGCCAUGAAUGUGGGAAAUCAUUUACUGCCAGUUCUACCCUCCGUUAUCACAAGAGAGUUCAUACUGGAGAACGGCCAUAUGAGUGUAAUGAAUGUGGGAAAUCGUUUACUGUUAGUUAUGCCCUCCGUUCACACCAGAGUGUUCACACUGGAGAAAAGCCUUACCAGUGCAAUGAAUGUGGGAAAUCUUUUAUUAGUCUUAGUGGUUUUAGAUAUCAUUACAGACUUCACACUACAGAAAGGAUUUAAAACAGCACAGAAGGUCAAAAUUCUUGCUUAGUAGCAUUUAGGCUGCAGGACAACCUCUGAGGUGGCCACCUCCUGAAUUGAACGUGGUUCCCCCAAAGGUCCCCAUUGGAGUGACUUCCCAUACAAUCCAGCCAUUUGCAGAAAAAUUGAGAACCUGCAUCGUGCUUUCUGAUGUGGGUGCAGUCACCGCAAGAUGGAAGUCACUGGCAGUGUCUGUGGCAGUGUCUAGCACCGGGCAGUUCCUGGUAUGCGUACAUUACCACCCCAACUUGGUAAAUAAUGCCGAGCUGUCCGCUUUCUCGACUGCUCAUCCAAAUUCUGGAUACCUGGAACCUCUCGUUCCGUUCCCAGUUAGGGCAUGGAUGUGACCAGUGUUGAUCCACAGUGGGCGUUGUGAGCUCUGGGUGGUGACUCGCACAAGAAGGCUAAGUCCCACAGGGGUGUUGCUGGUCUCCUGAUGCUUUGAUGACUAUUUGCAGCUUCCAGGUCACCACACAGGAAUUGUGUGCCCCGUGUUGCUCUGAUUAAUGUAUCAGUAAGUGCCAUGUUUGUUUGAUUACCUUUGGUCUUGGACAUUGUGUGCACUUGAAGGGGUGGUUUGAAAGCAGCAUCGGGCUCUCCCACAUGAAGGAAUGAGCAGAUCGCAUUCCAUCCCAUACUUGCUGUGUCUCUGAGAGGAAAAUUGCUAAUAAAUAUUGUACAUAUAUAUAUAAAUACUCCAGCUUGUGUGUUCAUUUGCAUUAUAACCAAAGACCUUGGUGAUGUGCUGAAUUUUACAGUCUCAGAUGUGUCAGAGAAGUGUGAGUCAUGGAAUAACUAGGGAGCUGGAUGGCAAAGCUUGGGACAGUAGGGAAAGUUUCCGAUGGAGGGUUUGAAAAGUGAUGGCUGUGAUGUGGACCCGGGUGGAGACUUGGAUCCCAUUUCAGAACGGAACACAGAGUGUAAUGACAAAGCUGCUAGUAGGUUCAGUAUCCUACUACGUUUUGUGGAAGAAUGGUUGUCUUGGGCAGCAUGUGGUGGUGGUUGUCGGGCAUUGUCACCAUGGGUGAAGGAGAGAGAAAGAUCUGGCUGAUGAUGGCCAAGGUUGCUUGGGAUGAUUGGAAGAGAUGGCUGAGGACGUUGAAAAUUUAAACAAGAUGACAGUGAGACUGGGGCUAUUCUCUCUUCCGUGUUCUAGGGCUUCCGCAGAAUUUUGUGGUCAGUUUUUAUGGUGUCUGGGGUGUUUCUGAGUCUUCGUGCCAGAAAAGGUCUGGGGCAAAUGUGAUUUGUGGUUCUGCGUGCCUGGCAGGGAAACCCUUAGUGCUGGGGUUUUCACAAAGGUUCAGUAGAGGAUGGUUUGUUCCUGAUUGUCGAGGGCCACCAUAGGCAGCAGAGAAGUAGAAGAUGGUGUAGGAGGAUCCUAGGUUGACAGUGGUUGUGAGUGUCGUACUGCAGGGAGGAUUAGAGGCAGGUGAGGAGGCUUCUCAGCAGUAUUUGAGGCUUUCCCUCAGUUGGGAUCCUUGGGAGUACUGGGGUGGUAGUGGAACCUCUUUGUGUUUGUCACACAUCCCUUGGUUGUCAUGUGAGAGGUACAUGUUUGAGUUAACAGAGAAUCCAUUGGUGUGGGAUAGGAAGGUAUGGGCGUUCAUCUGUGGGGUGUGAGGAUGUGCGAGAGGUAUAGUCUAUGGAAUCAAGUACACCUGGAGAGGAAUUGUGAGCUAAAAGCCUCACGGCUCUGGUAUUGAGACUUCCUGGCAGAGCAGAGCCUAUAAUUGGCUGUGCUGAGGGCUCUCCCUGGGAGACUCCAUGGUAAUAUUGUGGCAGGAGGAUGGGACUUGCAGGCCAAACCCAGAGCUUAGCUUGUUUCCAUGCGUCCCCUGCGUGUUAUUGUUGAGGACUGAACAGUGAUUGGUGGGAAGGUGAGAGGAGAGCAGCAUUAGAGGCACCAGGGUCUGGUGUUUAUCUGAGGAGGCGAGCUGGGCUGGCAGGGGAGACUGGGCUGGAUGUGUAGGCGUUUCAAGUGUAAGUUCUCAGAGAGAGAAUGUUCACAGUUUUCCUCUCUUCCUUUUCGGCAGAGUGGUGUGACCUUUGAGGACAUUGUUGUAUACUUCUGUCCUUUUUCAGUUUCAGAGAUGGCACAAUGGAGAAAACUGUUACGUUCGCAGUGGCUGUGCAAAAUAUCUUAACCGUAGCUCAGUGUUGAUUACUAAGAGCAUUCAACCUGGAGAAAGGCCUUCUGAGUGUAGUGACUGUUCUAAAUCUUUUACCUCUAUGUCUGCCUCCCAUUAUCACUGGAGAUCUCAGGGGAAAUACCUUAUGUGUGCAGUGAAUGUUCAAAAUCUUUUAUCACCAGGACUGACUUCCUUUCUCACUAGAGUUUACACUGAAUAAAGGACUUAUGUGUGCAGUGACUGUGGAAGGUCCCUUUGCCAGAGAAACAACCUCAGUAUACACCUAAAGGUUCACUGAGGAGAAUGACCUUUAAAGUGUAAUGAUUGUAGGAAAUGUGUUAUUUUUUAAAAGAUUUAUUUAGGGGUGCCUUGGUG